ACGCUUGUCAACAUGAAUAUUCGAAACUCUCAGUCCACUCUAAAUCCAACCAUUUCCAAUGGAGCUGGUGCGACUGCGGUAGCCCUAUUUUCGUCGACGAUUGUUACGGGAUUUCAAUUAAUCUGCUCUCUCCUUGCUGUAUUCGCCGUUUGCCUAUGGAUUUUAUCCAUUUCUUUGAACGAAACCCGAGUCCUCUCCCGAGUUCCCUCAAUAGUGAUGUAUUUUGCUGUUUGUCUCUUCUACGCCGUACCUCUGAUAGGCUACAACAGUCGACUAACGCUAGCAUCAGUCAUCACCACAAGAAACAGCUACAUUCCAGGAGAAUUAGUUCGUGAGAGCGAGGGCUGUAUCUGCACAGCCCAGACGGACAGCAAACUCUCGCCUCGAGAGCUUCUCGAAAUUCCAAAAUUUACACGGACACAAUUUUUUGAUACAUCAUCCGAGCCGCCUGAGCGAGAACAAACUGAUCAAUGUGUCACUAGCAAGGCUGUACAGAUCAUUGCAGUUUAUGAGCCUAUCGUGAGUUGA